ACAUUCCGAAAUUUCCAUAGGGUUUAAGCUUUCCUAUUAACAAACCCCUACCAAAAGCAAAAACAACAACCUUCUCUCAUCUGAAAAAACAAUCACAAAAAUGGCCUCAUUUGCAGCCGCCAGAUCCAUUAUCCGGUCAUCCGCCGCCCGUAACGCGGCGGGCCGCUUUGCUUCCCAGUCCAAAUCCAAGCCUAAAGCGUCCACCUUUGGCCUCAACUCCGCCACGAGCAAACCCAUUCUCAGGAGGAGUCCAGUGGAAAUGAGCUUUGCUGUUGAAUCAAUGAUGCCUUACCAUACAGUGACUGCCUCGGCUUUGAUGACUUCGAUGCUCUCCAUUUCUCGCUGUAGUUGUGGCUGGCUUCUUGAAGCUUGCAAUGAUGAUGUGUGAUGAAUUCUCAGAAGAUUCAAGCAAGUUUUAGUACAAAAUUCUGCCUUUAGAAGUUUUGAAUGAGCUGCUGAAGAGACCGGUUGGAUUUCUGAGCUUCUAAAACCUAGAUGAAUUAGUAGACUCUUAUCCUUCUAUAGCUCUAAAAAGCUACUUGUUUGUCUGAUAUUUUUAUGAUAAGAUUUAGUUCUCAGCACAUUAAUUUGAAAGAUGUAUUGCAGAUUCAUUCAGUUAUAGUUUUCACUUUUUUCCCUUUCUGAAGCUUUUGUACUGUUGGUGUUGAAAAGGUGAUGUUAUGCACCCUACUAAUUUCUUGUAUUUAAUCAGCUUGCAAUGAUGAUGUAUGAUGAAUGUGCAAUGGGUUCGGGGAAGUUUUGUUCAAAAGUUCUUGCAUCUAGGAGAAUGAUGCCUGCUAGAUUAGAAGUGUUGAAUGAGCUGCCUAUUGGAAAGUUGACCCUGAAAUUGUUUUUUCCCUUUCCUUUCAUGUUUUAUCCAAGGACAAGACUUUAAGUAUUUGUAUGUAAGAAACUCUGGGACUUCACUCUUUCCACUAGUGUCAUGUAGCCUAUAAUAGCUGCUUUAUUCACUUUGAUGGACAUGAACCAAAGUGAAGGUGUUUCAAGUAUUUGCAUUUCUGUGUA